CAUGCUAAGCCGUAAACGACGCGCCAGUUCGAUUUCCAGCCGCCAAGAUGAAGAUCCACUGCAGCUGGAUGAUUCGACACCCGAACAGUCGCCGCUGCAGCAACACACACAAUCGGCGCGAAAAAAGCGGCGCCUAGACCCAUCGGAAAUGUGUCAGCAGUUGUACGAUUCCAUACGCAAUAUCAAAAAGGAAGACGGCGCCACAUUGUGCGAUACAUUUAUACGAGCGCCGAAGCGACGGCAGGAGCCCUCCUACUAUGACGUGGUGGUAAAUCCCAUCGAUUUGCUCAAAGUGCAGCAAAAACUCAAGACAGACUCGUACGACGAUAUCGACGACUUGAUGAACGACUUGGAAUUGUUAAUAAGCAAUGCGAAGGCCUUCUACAAAGCGGACUCAGUUGAAUAUCAGGACGCAAUUGCUUUGUGGCAGCACAUUCAGGCGCAACGGCAGCGCAUUUUGGAGGCCAAUGGCUUUGCUGAGGAGGAGCCACGUGCUAAACGUAUGCCACGAAACGCGCGCCGAUUGACUGGCAGCACAGAGCCUGGUGGUGAACUGGAAGACGAUUUUAAUCAGUAUGAGGAACUAUUCGCAUCAAUUAUGACGGCAACAGAUCCAGUGAAUGACAGGCUUAUGCAUCGCAUGUUUUUGCUUCUGCCCUCAAAGAAGGUCUAUCCCGAUUAUUAUGAUGUGAUUGAGCAUCCCAUUGAUUUGCGUCUGAUUGCCACCAAGAUACAAAUGAAUGCCUACUCGUCGCUGGCUGAAAUGGAGCGUGACUUGCUGCAAAUGACCAAAAAUGCUUGCUUGUUUAAUGAGCCUGGAUCACAAGUAUAUAAGGAUGCCAAGGCAAUGAAACGCAUCUUCACACAGCGGCGCAUUGAGCUGGAGACCGGCAAAGGCAAGCUUGCCAAGCGCAUGCGGAAUCUUUCCAGUGCCAGUAUUGCGGCUCUCAAAGAAGAAGUGGAUAGCUCAGAGGAUGAGGAGACGCACAAAAAGGGUGAGGGGCCCAUGUGGGCGCUCUUUGAUCAUUUGUAUAAUGCGCCUGGAACUACCGAUCAUCCGGGCAUAACGGGCCCUCCUUUAGGAAACUCUCUGUGGAAGCUGCCCGUGCGUCGUUUUCAUCCGGAAUAUUUCGAGUUGAUCAAACGUCCCAUUUCUAUGAGCCAAAUACACAACAAAUUGAAGAAGGGUGACUACGCGAAUAUAAGUGAUCUCACUGGAGAUCUGUAUCUAAUGUUGGAUAAUGCUAAGAAGGCAUUUCCAGCCACACAUCGCACCCACAAAGAUGCCCUUAAGAUGCUGAAAAUUAUGAAUGCCAAGCUGGUGGAGGAAUCAUUGGAGGAAACUAGUGACUUGGAGGAGGACGAGAACGAUGAUGCAUUUGCGGCCAAUGCGCAGCCUGAGAAGCGGAAGCCUGGUCGCCCACGCGUCAACUCCAAUUCGAGUAUCCCACAUACACCCAUCAACUCGAACUCCCCUAAAUCGAAUCGGAUUGCUAUAAAUGCGGCCAUAAAAAAGAAAAUAUUGACAAUACAGAAAUAUCUGGUGGAUUAUUCUGUGGCAAAUCGGCGUCCGAUAGAAUUGUUUAUGGAGAAACCGCCUCGGAAAGUUUACCCGGACUAUUAUGAUAUCAUACAGAAUCCCAUCGAUAUGAACACAAUCGAACAUAAUAUACGCACCGAUCGAUAUGCGACCGUUGAGGAUGUGGUUUCUGACUACAGGUUGAUGUUCUCCAAUUGCCGGCAGUAUAAUGAGGAGGGCUCAAACAUAUAUGAAGAUGCCAACACCUUGGAGCGUGCGUUAAAUGAGAAGUUGAAAGAGUUUCCCGGGCUGGCCGAUGUUAAGAAACCCAUUCAGAAAUAUACAAAAUUGGGACGCCGGCCCAAAACCGCUCUAAUAAGCGAUCGUCUGUGGCAAUUCUAUGAAACGUUGCGCGAAUAUCAGGAGCCUAAGGGAAAACGGCAACUGUCCUUAAUCUUUACAAAGCUGCCAUCAAAGAAUGAGUAUCCCGAUUACUAUGACAUUAUAAAGGAACCCAUUGAUAUGGAGCGCAUUGCACAAAAGCUCAAGCAGAAUUCAUACGAGAGUGUGGACGAAUUAGCUGCCGACUUCCUGCUGAUGCUGGAGAAUGCUUGCAAAUACAAUGAGCCCGAUUCGCAGAUCUAUAAAGAUGCGCUGGUGCUGCAGCAAAUGACGUUGCAGCUGAAACAACAAAUGCGUACGGAACGCGAUGCUCUGCCCGAUGUUCCACUGGCCGUGCAAGAGCUCUUCCUCACGCUUUUUACCUCCCUCUACAAUCAUCAGGAUGAGGAGGGUCGUUGCUAUUCGGACUCGUUGGCUGAAUUGCCAGAAUACGAUGAGCUGCCCGAGGGUGGAAAACUAAGAGGUAUUUCCUUGGAUUUGGUCAAGCGUCGUCUGGACAAAGGCGCCUAUAAACGCCUAGAUACCUAUCAGGAAGACUUCUUCAGCUGCAUGGAACGAGCAAGAAAGCUGUCCCGCACCGACUCUGACAUCUUUCAGGACUCCAUUGAGCUGCAAACGUUUUUCAUACGCAAACGCGAUGAGCUGUGCAAGGAAACCUUAAGCUCACCUGCGUUAAACUUUACUCUGGAACAACUGCUGGCCGAUGUGGAGGUAACACGCCAGCAGAAAGCCGCUCAAGAGGUGCAGGAUCAGGAGGAGAAGGAUGAGUUCAGUAGCAGCGGCAAGGGCGAAAGCAUGACAAUUAAUCAGCAGGUUUACUCACCCGGCGACUAUGUGUAUGUACAGAUGCCGGAGAAUAAGAUACCGACUAUUGCGUGUAUCGAACGGCUGUGGACAACGCCUGCGAAUGAGAAAUUGAUGCAGGCUAAUAUUUUCCUACGACCACAUGAGACUUAUCAUGUGACCACGCGUAAAUUUCUGGAGAUGGAGGUGUUCAAGACCAGCAUUUCACAGACCAUUUCCAUGGACAAAGUUCUGGGCAUGACCAUGGUAAUGCACAUAAAAGACUACAUAAAACUCAGGCCCGAUGGGCUGCCCGAAAAGGACGUUUUUGUGUGCGAGUCGCGGUACAAUUUGCAGGGACGCUGCUUUAAGAAACUUAAGAAUUGGUCCUCGGCACGUGAUCAGAGUUCCAUAAAAUUUGUACCACGCGAGACUCCACUUGAAUUGAAGCGAGUAAUGUCCGUGUUCAAGGAGCGUAUUGAGAAGCAUAAGGGCGAAUUAGAAGAGCUCAAGUUGCAGGAAGCGCUCAUCGAAAAGGAGAAGCCCAAUGUGCAGUGCGAUGCGCCACCAAAUUCAGAGGACAGUAGCGUGUACUAUCAACAAUACAACACUAUAUGCAGUGGUGUCGUAAAAACCGGUGACUUUGUUUAUGUGGCCACGCAAACGGGCAAACAAUCAAUUGCACAGGUCCAGCAAAUUUGGGAGAAUCAGGGAAAAUCAUACUUUAAGGGUCCGUGGCUGUUACCACCAAAUGAAAUUUCUCCUCCACUAGGCAAGCAAUUCUAUCGCCAAGAGCUGUUGCUCUCCACCGUCGAAGAGAUCAGUCCUGUCAUUGGCAUUGUGGGGCGUUGUGCCGUCUUGGAAUAUUCCGAAUUCAUAAGCUCACGGCCAACGGAAAUUACUGAAUCUGAUGUCUAUAUAUGCGAAUCGGUCUACGACGAAAUGAAGAAGGCAUUACGGAAGUUGGUCGUUGGAAAUUUGCGUAAAUUUCAACACAGCGCUGAGGUCACACAGGAUGAGAUUUUCUACUUUAAGACGCCGAUCAAACCAGCCAAAGAUGUUAAAAAUGAUUUGAAUGAAUUAACCAUUCUGGAGGACUCCAUGGAUGGCGAUCCGCCCAGCGUAAAUUCAGACAUUGCCACAAUCUCGUCACCGGCACCAUCGGUCAACUCUACGCCACUCACCUCUAAGGUGAAAAACAAGACGGCCAAGAAGUGCCUCACUGGCUACAUACUCUACUCCAGCGAGGUGCGCAAAGGCAUUUGCCAAAGUAAUCCAGAUGCCAGUUUUGGUGACAUCUCGCGCAUGGUGGGCACCGAAUGGAAAAACCUGCCGGCCAGCGUUAAGCAGAGCUGGGAAGAUCGUGCGUGUAAACUGAAUGAAGAAUCUGCCGCCCUGCGACGCGAAAUGGACGAUCAGAACUGCGCCAGUCCAGCGCCCGCCUCCGCCCAGGACCCACCACCAAUUCUCACCUAUGAAUGCCAGUGGGACAAAUGCGAUUUUCAAUUCGAGGAACUACCCGAUUGUACGGAACAUUGCCUGUCCGAGGCUACUGGGCACAUACAGCGCCAUCCGCAGGCGGGUGUGGAACCGGAGUAUGUGUGUCUUUGGCGCAAUUGUCCGCGCAUUCGCAAGACAACCCAGGCUUUUCCCAAUUCACUUCGUCUUAUUAAGCAUGUGCGUGAGGUGCAUUUGAAUAAGGGCGGCAAAGUGGUGCCAGUCUCAGAGCGUAGCAAGAACUUUGUGCCCCGCAAGCAGAAAAUACAGCCCCAAACGGCCAAUGCCACAACGAGUGUGCCCAACAAUACUCUAUCUCCGCGGGCCGCCAACACUUCGGAGGCAGCUCAGCAACAGCUGCAAAUGCAACAACAGCAGCAGCAGCAACAACAACAGUUGCAGCAGCAACAACAGCAGUCCAUCGUGCUCGGCCCACCGCCAGAGCCAAUGUUUGUGACAGUGCCGCCGCGUGCCCAACGGGUCAUCCACUCGGAGGCGUACAUCAAGUACAUCGACAGUCUGCAGUCUGGCAGUCAUCUGAAUGUAGCCAACUGCAAUAAUGGUUGGCGCAAGGCCCUCUCACCUGUGACGCCCGCUCAGCUGGUCAAGCCCCAACUGCCCAUCCAUUGGCUGGGACCCAAUGCCCAAGCCAAUGGCGCUAACGUCGUACAAGCCCUUUGUCAUUUACGCAAUUACAUGCUUGACGAUGUUCUCCAGAUUCGACGCAACUGCAAUUAGUUCUAAGUUCUUGUAUAAGUUCAAAAGUUUAGCACUGCGAUGGCACUGUGUCCAAUGA